UUAAUAUUCGCCAAUUUGUUUAUCGAUGUUUUACCUGUGUGUAUUUAGUUGACGCGUACAGUAUAUAGCUAGUCCAAUUACCAGUCCCAUAUUCAUAAUGUUGGUGGCACGUCAUUACACGUCGAUGGAACACGUACUUUUGAGGGAGGUGGUUCCAUAGGUUUACUGAAUACUGUACAUCUGCCUGGAUGGAAUGAAUAACAAAUGAAAUAUGGAAGUUGAAAGACCAACGCCAGAUUUUAAGAACUACAAAGACAAACGAGUAACCAACAUUAUCAAUAAGGCUUCCCAGCAGUUGAGAAUAUCUGGUCUCGUGAGGAAGAAUGCUGCCAGACGGUACAUAACAAUCACAAAUAGUCAUGCCUCCCUGAACGCCAAUGGCCAUUCGAAGGCCGUUGCUAAGGGUCUUUUGACGAAAGAUCCUAGUAAUCUUGAUCGUCAAAUGACUAAGGGGGUCAGUAAUCUGGAGCGUCAUAUGGUAGUGAAAAACACAGGUGAACUGGAGUCUCCACUUUCCAGGAAACCGCGCCUCUACUUAAAUAGAAAUCGGCAGACAGAUGCGACGCGUGUAUCGAGUUAUCCAGAUAUGACUUAUCGGCGAGUCGUACAUGCAAGAUCUAUGGCACGAUUGGCCACUAGGACAGAUUUUCUGAAAGCCAAGGAGCUUAUGACGGACUUUAUUGACCCAAAUAAGGCAUCGACAUUUUCAUUAACUAAAUCAGAUGAGCCUGCCAUGAGAGUUCGUCCGGUUAUAUCCAGGGAAUCUAGCCGACUUGAUACCAAUAUGAAAGUUGCCAUCAGUAGAUAUGUUACAAAUGUGUCACCGAAAAGAUCAGAUACCAUUCCCAGUAGGUCAGAUACCUCACUUAGCAAGUCGGACAUAAUGCGAAGCACAGAACAGCCCAUCACACCAGUCACUGCGAGAAGAAAUAAAACGCACCCCGAGUCUACAAGAGAAUCGACUAUACUAUAUAACAGCAGGCGACCGACAAAAAAUGCAAAGUCUUAUCUGAAACCUGUACUCCCAAGAAUGUUCUCAGGAAAUGUUCCAUUCUUGUUCAAAUUGAAUGGGCCUAUUCUUUUGACUGCACCUCAUGGUAUCAAGUUAUGGCGCGGUGGUACGGAUGGACGGAAGAAGAGAAUACACUACAGGGAAAUCUGGUCCACAGAGAUAGUGUUAAAACUGUCUGCUCAUAUAAACAAGUACAUGGGCAUCCCAGCCAGCUUCAUGGUCUGGGAUAGGAGAAUAGCUGCCCCGCUUGACCACAAGAACCUCGACCCAAAUUACCUCACAGAGGAACAACUUGCCAUGUCGCCUUGGCAUGAAGCUCUUCUGCAGUUCAAACGAUUUGGUAAACUGAACAAUUGUCCACUUUUACAUAUCGAUGUUCACGGUAAGAAAAACCGAAAAACAAAUCUUGAUGUUGACUUCGGUUUCAAAGCACUGGAGACUCGUUGGGAGGAUCAAGGUUUCGUAGGCUGGGUAAAGUCGGAGGCAGAGGCUUCGUUUAGUAGGUUGUUUGAUCUGCCUUGUUGUGAAACUAAUGAUGAUACAAAGUACACCACCAAUGUCAAUCCCAGUCUGUGUGGGGACUGGGGAGGCGAUCUCUACACCAUGACCUGUCAGUCAGUAUGCAUGGGGGUCCCUGCCUUCCAGCUUGAGAUUCCAAGGAGCAUACGGACACAUUUGAUAGAGGAUGAAAUUUUUAUGAACAAGUUUGCUAAAUGCAUUGUGGAUAUCUAUCGAACAUGUAUCUCGUUGAAUUCUGACGAGGAGUGUGACAGUAGAGUGAGGGAGAAUAGAAUUUUGACUGACUACAUCGACAAAUUAUUUAAUGAACAUAUUAAGAUUCAAAAAGUGGCACGGGAAAAACAGAUUUGAGAAGGUGACAUAAGAACAUCGUCGGAAGCAUGGCAAUACAGAAAAAGAAGAUUUUAAAAGUUUGCUGCAUAUCCACACAUAUAUAUCAUCCAAACUGCAGUUCCAUAAAUAUAUCAGAAUUUCAACAAUAUCAAACUAAUAUAGCAGUAUUUUUUUGCUAUAUUUAUUACUUUGUUAUGCAGCAGAAACCGCAGAACUGCUACCAAAGACCGUACAUAGCUUUAUCCUAUAUUCUCUGUUGCACAAUUCAGCAGGCUUCUUACGUUCUGGCUGGAUCUUUUCAUUUCAAAUAUCAUAUCACUUCAGUAAAAUAAACUAAUCUUGCAAUAAAAAAGUGACAAAAAUA